GGGAACCCCAGGCCACCAAAGCAGAACAUGUGAACUUAACCACUGCACCACCAGGCUGGCCCCUCUAAGUGCUUUUAUACAGCAUUGUUUGUUACGACAAUCCAACUUCUGUGAAGGUCCCACAAAACCCCAAAUAGCCCCGAGAAGAGAGAAUGAGCUCCCUAAGGAUGACAAAGGGCUUCUGGGUAAAUUGAAGUGGGGGAGGCAGGAAGAAAUGAAUGACCAGACCAGGGGAACACCCUAUUGUGGUGUCUUGGUCGGAUGCUGUCUCAAAGCCACAGCACAAGCUCAGCAGCUUGAAUGUGCCUGCCAGGGCAUCAACUCCAAGAGAUUGCUUAUGGUACCAGUGUCCAGGGGUGGCCCCCGGUAGUGGCCUCUUACUGGAUUGUUCCUGUGUUGUGAUCUUGGCUGUGUUCAUGGUAACCAGCCUCCCUUGGUUCCUGUCCAACUGUCAAGUCUUCUGGCCAUUCUGUGAGUUCCCACUAUUCUUUCUCUAUAAAUUAGCCAGAGUGAGCUUUUGAAUUUUGCAAUCAAGAGCCAAGAUGGCUAUAAGCUCUUCCAGUAAAUGUAAGGAGAAUGGGUUUGUUGGGACACUAUUCUCCACGGGUCUUUCACAUUUCUGCAUGUCCUGUAAACAGAGGCACUGACUUUUCAAUGGAAUUUAUAUAAUGAACAACCUUGGAAGACAGAGAUAGUGUCUCUUUCUGGAGCAAAAAGCAGGUUUGCUUACUGCCUAUUAUAAAAGAUUCGGGUUCUCUAAGCUCAGCGUUCCUCUUGUAAUGCAGACCACUGUUUCUUCAGGUAUUCACUGACACCCAUCCGUGUGGCACCCAUGGGACAGUGGGGCAAGAGGAGUUGACACAAAUACGCUAUGCCAUGCUGCUGUGCCAUGAGGAAUAAAGUCCUUGUCUCUGAUCCAGGAGUCUCAUGUUUUUGGCAGCACCCAUGAAACUACAGCAGGCUAACUUGCAUGCUUGCAAGAAGGGCAAAACUUUAGACCCUUCAGAGUUCUUAGCAGGUUUGCCCCCAUUUGACUAGGAGAUUCCCAGGGGCUGCUCUGCUCUCUUUGCUCUACAUCCGACCAACCUGCCUCAACCAAACUUGGUUCCCCUCCACCCUUAGUCUCGGAUGGAGGACCUUAUCAUUGUUCUCUUUCAGACUGACAGGCUCUCCGUGUCUGGGUUUGCAUGCUCUGCCCCUCUGCAGACUCCUGUCUCUGCCCACACCCCACUGUAAGGCCAGGAAAAGAAGUUUUCCCAGGGCUCCAUGACUUUAUUCCCUCCCCCAGCACAAGCCCCAGCCCCCACACGCACAUACACAACAUUCAGGAGCUACACCUGGCUCUCGCUUGAGCCCUGCUUCCAAUUUGACUUGGCGUCAUUUCCUCUGAUCCCUGGAGCUAAAGCAUUGAGUUGGAAGUGGCUACAGUGGGGAGCAGGCGUGAGGAAGCACAGGGAUAGGACAGAAAGGGGAGGAGAGAAAAUAAUGAUACAAAUAAACACAAUGCUUUGACUGUUUGCUGUGAGCCAGGUAAGAUCUGGUACUGGACUACUAUCUCUGAUUUACAGAUGAAGAGAGAGAACAUGCUGAAGGUCAGAGAGCUUUUAUAUUUAUGUGGUUGAACUGAGAUUUGAACCCAAUCUGUUGGGGGCCAAAGCCAUCCUCUACUCCCCUUCCCAGGAAGGAAGGUGGGGGACACCUGGGUGUCGAGUGCUUUUGGAGGCUCUAGAAGAGGCAGCUCUUCCAGGGCGGAGCCUAUGGGCAGGUGAGGUUCUGGCCCCGCCCCUUGUGAGCCAACAGAGGCCCUAGAGACCAGACCUAGUUCUAGGCUCUGGGAACUCCCUCUCAUCCCGGUCCCUGGUCAGGGGAAGAGGGCAGCACAGCCUUGGGAAGGAUGGAUAAGCACGGCGUGAAGACCCCCUUGUGGAAGAAGGAACUGGAAGAGCCCCGCGCCGGGGAGGUAGAGGCAGAGGAAGCCGAGGAGGGGUCGGAGGAGGAGGACGAGGCGAGGCCGCCGGAGGAGAGCGUGGCCGAGGGCGAGGCAGAGAGCCGGGAGGCGGAGGGCGACGAGGGCCAGCGGGGCUCGGUGUCCUACUGCCCCCUGCGCCAGGAGUCCAGCACCCAGCAGGUGGCGCUGCUGCGGCGCGCGGACAGCGGCUUCUGGGGCUGGCUCAGCCCGUUCGCGCUGCUCGGCGGCCUGGCGGCUCCCGCCGACAGGAAGCGGAGCCUCCCGGAGGAGCCGUGCGUGCUGGAGACGCGGCGGAGACGGCCGCGCGGAGGGGGCUGUGCGCGCUGCGAGAUCCUUUUCUGCAAGAAAUGCGGGAACCUGCACAGCCACCCGGCCUUCGUGGCGCACUGCAUUCUGGAGCACCCGGAUCUGGGUGAGGCGCCGGCUUCGGGAGGAGCGGGGGCCACCGGGAGCCCCUGAGCGCCCCCACCUCCAGCCUUUGUGCCCUCCAUCCUCGCCUGACCCCAAACUCCCUGCAACCUUCUCCUCGAUCUUGACGCGGAGCGCUCUCCAGCACGUUCCAAAGCACUGCCCCUUCUCAGAGCCGCUCUCCCGGAGCGCCCCCCUUAGGCAGGAAGGCCCACAAUUGGUGGCGCAUUUCCACCUGUCAUCGAGCGCCUGCCCAAAGCCGACCCCAUCACCUAGAGCUCCAUUCCUCCUGAGCGCCUCCUGAGGGCUCCCGCCCCCGGGCACCCAGUGCCUGCCCCCCACCUGACUCGCGUCCCCUGGCACAACCUCACAUUCUUUUUUGGGUAUUUCAGGUCCUUGUGGCCUGAUGAGCAGAGGCAUCCCUAGAGAAAAUACCCUCUGGGUCCCCUCACCCCUCUGAGAAACCUACCUCUUCUUCUCAAGUCAUUCAAUAAAGCCUCUAAACAAAGUGUCAGCGCCUCGGUGGGGCAAGGCGGCUCUGGCUCUGGUAAGAGUGAUGACGACCCAACCUUCUUCCCCUCCCCCAAGGUUCAAGCCAGCGGGGGAAAGGGCAGGGCGAGAGCCUGCUCCCUCCGCCUCCCCAGGACGGGGCGGUACAAAGCUCGCAUCCAAGGGCAGUCAAAGGCCGUUCUCCCCACCGCGCAGAGAAGAAAUGGAGGCACAGGGCCAGGAAUGCCCGUGGGAGCUGGGGGCUGAACAGUGCCAGUCCAUUCUCCCCUCCCCCUGGAAGCCUGGUCUUGCUGAGGUCGAUGCGUGUGCAGAUGAGGUACUGGCUGGUGUGGAGCAGGAAGGACUAGAGAACCAGGUGCUAAAAUGCUGGGACUGUCUGAGGCAGAAGACAGGGAGGCUGGGGAGCUGGUUCCUUCUCCAGGAAUCCCAGCUAUUCUUGGCCAGCCAGCAGGAGCUCCUGGAAUGCUGCGUGUGUGGCCUGGAGAAUGGGGCCAUUGUGAGCACAGGGCCUCCCCCGAGCGCCUGCAGCAGUGCAGACCUCCAGAGCGGCCCCUGUCCUCUCCCAGCCGCACGUGGUUCUCCAUCUGGCCUAGGGGGUGAGGAGAGGCAAGGACAUUUUGCUUUUUGGGGAGAGG